AUGAUCACCAUUUUCAGCAGGAUUACGGACGAGGCCGGCAUCUUUCUUGCAAAGAGAGUUCGAGGCAACAUCCGCCACAAUGUUGUGACGAGUGUGUUCCUCCGUACACUUGAGUAUCAUGUAAGGAUUUUGUUCCUGACCUCGAAUCGUGUUGGGGUAAUUGACCCAGCUUUCAAGCCAAGGAUUCAGAAUUCCAGAUGUCUCUCUCAUAGGUACAACGAUCUGGAUCUUCUAGUGACAUUCAGGAUUCACCAAACGUUCAUCAAAAGAGCUAAGGAAGAACGAAAGGAUACAGGCACCCAAAACUUCAAGAUCAAAGAGAAGCAGAAACUGAACUUUGCCGAAAAGCACUACAAUCGACUCGGGCUUGAGAAUCGACAUAAGUGGAAUGGCUGGAAGGUAUUUGUGUCCCACUUCGGCCAGAUUUCCGCUGGUAUCUUCCGAUAUCUCAAUUCGAUACGUUUACUAAGCAUGCGAUAUAGACAAAUCCGCAACGCGUUCCGAACAGCCAUCGCUCUGGUUGAGUAUCGAUACGUAUCGAAAGAGGCAGACGAUCCCAAAUCCAGGUUUGGUAAGAAGCAAUUCGAAAAAGUUGUGAAGGGCUUCAAAGAGUUCAACAGCUAUCUCAUCAAUAUAAACGGAGCGAUGGAGGCAGACGAGGCCAGACGAGGCCAGACGCGAUGGUCGGCGUCACGAUCUUCGAAAGACCGCUUCCUCGCCCACGCCAUACAGAUCAACUAA